CUCUGUGUUCGCCACGUCCAUGGUUCAUAAAGSGGUUCUGUCACUAAAAACAUAAUUUUCUCCUAAAACAACCAAUCAAGACUAACCACAGCGACACUGAAAGGAGGACGACAUCUUARAAACUCUUCUCGAAAGUUUUUAGCCAAAAAUUGUAAUUUAAAGAAUCCAAAGUGAAGCAAGAUGGCGGCUGAGAAUGAAAUUGGUGAAUGGUUUCAAGGGAUCCCAAUUGUUUCUCGUUACUGGUUUUGUUUAUCUAUUAUUUUCCCUCUUCUUGGACGAAUUGGAUUGUUGAAUCCAUAUUACAUGGUGUUAGACUUCGGACUGGUCGUUUAUCGGUUCCAGAUCUGGAGACUGAUUACAGCAUUUGUAUACUAUCCAAUAACUCCACAAACAGGGUUCCACUACCUCAUUAACCUAUACUUUUUAUAUUCUUAUUCAACUAGACUUGAGUCAGGUCUAUUCGAUGGACGACCAGCUGAUUUCCUAUUUAUGUUGCUGUUCAAUGCAGUUAUUUUAAUUAUAAUUGGUUUUGUGGCAACAAUAAGGUUACUUAUGGAUCCCCUGGUUCUGAGUGUACUAUAUGUGUGGUGUCAGGUUAACAAGGACAUGAUUGUGCAGUUCUGGUUUGGAAUGCAGUUUAAG